AUGGACAGAAUAUCGUCCGCGCUCCUCGCGGCUUUCAGCUCGGAGUUCACCAGCCGGGGAUUGAACGGCUUCCCCGGCGCCCGCCCGCCCGCUCCACGCCCUCCGCAACCGCCGCCGUCAGCAUCAUGCCCACCGCCCGCCGGACGAUGCGCACCCAAGGCCGCGAACCCGCGCCACGACGCGACGAACGGCGACGCGCACCAGCGCGACAGAGACGGCGCGUCCGACGUCAAAUCGCGCGUCGUCGUCGUCGACGCCGCCCUCGCCGUCGUCGUCGUCGCGAGCGCGCGCCUCGCGGCGGCGUCGUCGCGCGCGACGGUCGCGAGCGCCUCGACGCCAUCGCCGCGGAGGUACCGAAGAAACGCCCGCGACGUCGUCGAGGCCGAACCCGCCGCCGCGGCGUGUCGACGCAUCGCGCGCGCGCGUGCGUCUGACGACGCGCGCGAUUCGUUCGAUGCUGUGUGCAUCGUCCAGAGUGCGAGGCCGUGUAUUCUUUUGGCUCUCCUUCUUCGCGAGGACGGGCGUCAGUUUUUACUCGUCUACUCUUCCGACGCCGCCGUCGCUAUCUAUCGCGGCUACUAG